AUGUGGGACUUUUUCAGCGACGUGCGUGCAACGGUUCGCCAGGCAGUCGCCCCGCGCGGGUGCGGCGCCACUGGAGAGCCCCGGCACCACAAUCAAGUGCAACAGCCAUUUGCUUCCGAUGACACGGGGGUUGGCGACUAUCUCAGUGACUGGUGGGGCACCAUCAACAAAACGGCGAUGACACUCCUGCAGAAUGCAUUUGGAACAUUAGGCAGUGAUGCAAGUGAUGAACCUCUUCCGCUUCUGCUGCGGCUUUCUCCCCAGCAGCGCAAGGCUUUGUCCCCUGACGAAAUCAUUCGUGGAGUGAGUGAGGCAGUAAGUGUUAUUGCCAUCCGGUCCGACGCAGCGCACAAAGAGGCAUGCUUUCUUUUGAGCCUUAGUUUUGAAGAACAAAUCGCACACACCAGCGACUUUCUCGACUGCCAUCAUUGGUGGGAGCAACUAGUUAACAGACGUCUCACCCUGUUUCAAGAGAUCCUGCAAGACUGCAAAUGCCCUCCGGAAAGUGACGACGCCCAGACAAUACGUUUGCUGACUCAACGAAUUCACGCUAUACGAGACAAAUGCGCACAAGAUAUGGAGGCCAUUGCCUCCAGGGGGUGCAUCUUGCGUGACGAGAGGUACGAUGCUCUUAGCAGACCCUUUGGUAGUACAGAAUCAAACACUAUGCUACCUGAGGAUUAUCAAAUAGAAACGACGUACGUCACCAAAAACAACAACACGGAUGACCAACAAAGCAACGACUUCACCACAACGUACACACUUCGCAACACAACUAACGACAAUCGACGAGUAACGGACAACAAUCAAAGAAAAGUAAAAGACAACAACGUGAAGAGUUUCCACAAAGAAAAGGAGGCACGUCACCUAGCUGAGGAGGAAGCACGUCGCCUGGCUGAAGAGGAAGCACGUCGCCUGGCUGAAGAGGAAGCACGUCGCCUGGCUGAAGGAGGAAGCACGUCGCCUGGCUGA